UCAGUGUGAAACGAACCAACAACUCAAACGAAACGAACGCGAACGCGCGCGCGAGAAAAACAAACUAGAAUAGAAUAGAACAAAUUAACCGCUCCCCCGAAAAGCAAACCACCCACCCAACCAAAAAAAGAAAAAAAAGAAAAUAUAAAAUAUAAAAUAACACACGAACGCUGAGGUCGGAGGCCCUAACCCAAUGCUAACUGUAAACAAUAAUCGAACCAACGAAUUUUCAAUUAACAGCGAAUGAGUAAUACCUGAGCGAUUUAUGCAUGAAUCUCAAGCGCUGCGAGCAACAAAGAAUCCACAAGUAGCUGGCCCCACGGAUAGAUAAAUAACUGCACAGAUAAUUGCUGCUCCUCGGUACUGCGAUCUAAAAAUAGACCCCCCCCACAAAAAAAAAAAGAAACGCGGAGACAAUUGCAGGGCACUGGUGCAAAGUGGAUGUGGCAGAGUCGCCGGGCGGAACCUCGAGGAUCUAUCACUCGCCGACUUCUUUUUGGUAAAUGACCAAGAAUGGCCUACGACAUUAGCAUAGAGAAUCAUAGCCGCAACUGUCAGAGGACAUUGACAUCGGACGAUCGGUUUAUGCAACUUUGAAAUCGAGUCGAAAAACCCAAAAGGAGGACAAACAACAAAUUGCAACUUUCGCGUUUCAGUGAAAAAACCAACAAUUUAACCACACAACACAACACACACACAUUUAAUAGCCCUUAAAUACCACUAGUUUAAGCAGAGCAAACGAAACCAAGCGAAACGAACUAUUAGACACUAGAUCACAACCAGGAUCAGAUGAGGCAACAGCCGGCGCAGCGGACGAGCGGAAAAUCAAUGAGCAGCAGGCGGCGGCACAAAAAGCCCAAGGCAACAACAGCAGUAUCCACAAUUUUGAAACGCCCCGAACUUUAGAAACCCCAAGUCUCGAGCAUGCAACAGGCUGGCCAACUGACGCCGCAGCAGCAACAGCAACAGCAGCAGCAGCAGCAACAGCUACUGCAGCAGCAGCAGCAGAAUGGCGGAGACCUGGCCGCCUACGCCGCCUCCCAGGCAGCCGGCGGUAGGCGUGGCCCCAUAAACGGUGGCCGCUUCGACUUCGAGGACGGCGGCACCUACUGCGGCGGCUGGGACGAGGGCAAGGCCCAUGGCCACGGCGUCUGCACGGGUCCCAAGCACCAGGGCGCCUACGCCGGAGCCUGGAACUACGGCUUCGAGGUGUCCGGAUCGUACAUCUGGCCCAGCGGAUCACACUACGAGGGUCAGUGGCAGAAUGGACGCCGCCAUGGACUGGGCGUGGAGCAGAUCGGCAGGCAGAUCUACCGUGGCGAGUGGUCGAAGGACGGGCACAAGGGGCGCUACGGAGUGAGGGAGAGCACUGUGUCGACGGCCAAGUACGAGGGCACCUGGAACGAGGGCUACCAGGACGGGUCCGGAUGCGAGACCUACGCUGAUGGCGGCAAAUACCAGGGUCAGUGGCAGGAGGGGAAGCGACAUGGUUACGGCAUUCGCACGUCGGCGCCCUUCGGUUUGGCCUCCCAUCACCGGCGCAAGAACCUCCACGCCUCCCUCAGUUCCCUGCGGAGUGGGGAGAACGGGAAUGCGGCCAAGAUGGUGGAGAAGGCGGAGGAGAUUCGCGGCGGAUUCGUCCUGACGGCCAAGUCCGAUAAGCUGCCGGUGAGGCGCAACAGUUUGACGGACAAGACCGGCAAAAAGGGAUUCCUGAUGAACCUGAAGAUGCGCAAGCAGCGCAGCACGGGUGAUCUGGAGAAGCGGGGCACCAUUGCAUCCGGCAGCAUACGGUCCACCAUGUCCUCGGCCUCCUGGAUCAGCACUGGAUCCGAGCAGUCCAACCUGACCACAAAAUCCAACCACACCGAGUCCAAUGCUAGCUUCACCAUGGAGGACGAGCAGCUGGAUCCCACGGUGGUGGAGACGUACAUGGGCGAGUGGAAGAAGGACAAGCGCUGUGGUCACGGCGUCGCGGAGCGCAGCGAUGGACUCAAGUACGAGGGCGAGUGGUACAACAACCGGAAGCACGGCUACGGAGUGACUACCUUCCGCGACGGGACCGUCGAGGAGGGCAAGUACAAGAACAACAUCCUGAUCACCAGCCAGAAGAAGAAGCAUUUGUUCCUGGCGCGUUCGCGCAAACUCCGCGACCGAAUCGCGGCGGCUUUGAGUUCGGCGCAGCGUGCCCUCAAGAUGGCGAUGCAGCGCUCCGACAUGGCCAUCUCCCGCAUGGCCACCGCAGCGGCGAAGGCCCAGAAUGCGGAUGCGGCGGCGGAGCAGGCGCGCAUGGAUUGCGAGAAUGCGGUGCGAAUGGCAAGGGAAUUCGCGCCCGACUUUAAGCCGUCGGUGCUGGAGCGAUUCGAGAAGUUGCGCUUCCGGGAGCGCGAGCGAUUCCGUCCGGGAACAGCGGCCGCAUCCGAUGCAACUGUGAAAAUGGGCGUGGGCAUGCAGACGCAACAGCAGGUGCAGCAGCAGGGUCAGUUCUCGCCCACGAGCAGCAGCGGUUCGGAUGCGUAUGCCACGCAGGCGCAGCGCCAGCAGCAAUAUCUCAACAUGCAGCAGCAACAGCAGCAGCAGCGUCGCAUGUCGCAGCAGAAACAUGAGGCGGAAUGCCCGGUGCCAUCAACGAUGUACUCGCAACAGCUGCCCGUCUCACCGCAAACGGAUCUCACCGGCAUGGUGAGCCAGGGCCAGCCCAGUCACGCCCAGGUGAUCAGCGCCAUCAAUCAGAUGUACCACCAGCAGCAGCACCAGCAGCAACAACAGCAGUUGAACCAGCAACAGAGCAACCCGCAAAUGAAUCCUGCAUAUCAGUUCCAGCAACAGCAGCCGCCCGGCCAGGCGGCCAAGAUCAAUCCCAAUCUCAAUUCGAACCUCAAGCAGAACCAGGCAGCGAAUCAAAACCAGACACAGAUGCCAUUUGGCGCGGGCACCAAUCAAGUGCCCGUCUCCCCACAGCAACAGCAACUGCUGCAGCAGCAACAGCAACAGCAGCAGCAACAACAGCAGCAGCAGCAACAGCUCCUGCAGCAACAACAGCAGCAGCAGCAACUCCUGCAGCAGCAGCAGCUGCAACAGCAACUCCUGCAGCAGCAACAUCAAGCUCUGCAGCAGCAGCCCUCGCUCCACGCCUCACCCACCCACAAUGCCUCGAAUCUGCUGCGCCGCGCCUCCCAGAUGCAACAGCAGCAGAUCCAGGAGACGGCCACCGCCGCAGCAAUGGCCGCCAAUGCCGCCGCCAUGGCCGCUGCCCAGCAGCAGCAGCGCAGCGGCAGACCGCCCAUGCUGGGCCAAAUGGGCCAGCAGUCAUCCAUCGAUCACUUCGAUCACUACAAGCGGCCGCCCAGCCGCGACUCCUCCAUCGAUCGCUAUGCCCGGGCGGCCAGUCGCUUGAGCGGCGCCUUUGCCGGUUCGCGGCAAACAUCCCUGGACCGAUCGGGUCUGGCCGAUCCGGUGACCAAUGGCGGCACCAGCACACCCGACGGACGCCCCCGGGCGGGCUCAGUAUUCCGCGGAUCCACCCCGCAACCUGGAGCCGGCACAUCGACCAUGACGGGCAACGGCACGCUGCCCUCGGGCACCGGCGGCGGUCGUCUAUCGCGGGCGGGAACACCCAGUUUGGGUGCCGGUGGACGGGCGCCCAGCCAGGGCAAGGCGGAGCCGCUCUUCUCGUCGCCCAACCAGCCGUUCGAGGACGUGCUGCUGCGCCAGCGGACGCUCGGCCAGGACAUCAUUCCCUCGCCCUCGCAGCCCAAGCGCACGGAGAGCCUCUAUCUGCCGGCCAAGCCAGCCACGCCGGUGGGCAUGGCCAUGGGCGGUAAAGGAGGCGGCGGCGGCGGUGGCGGCGGCAAGAAAAUGAAGUCGGUGCCCAUCAAUGUGACGCUGCAGCGGAAGAAGUCCAUGCCCGAUUUCCAGGAGCUGCCGCGCGCCACGGAGGCCAUGAGCCGGGAGGAGGUGUCCGCCUUGGGCUCCGCCCGCCGGGAGGCAGUGCGUCGCCAGAUCGAGGUCAACGAGCGGCUCAAGGCAAAUCCCUUGCUGUAUUUGGUCAGUCCACAGGUUAAGGACUGGUUUGUGCGCCAGCAGCUGAUGCUGCUCGUCCUGAUUUUCAACGUGGCGUUGGCGCUGCUGUUUGUCUACAUGCUCACCUAGCGCCGGAGGAUGCACAGGACGACGCGGGACAGGGGCGGAUUCGGGUUGGGCCACUCGGGGCAGCAUCAGCGACUGGCUUGGAGUGGCGACUGGCCACCCAGUGGGUUUGGCAGCCACCGAUAGUUCCGGAUUCGCCGUUGGACCUGGGAAUUGGUUGGUCCUAAUUGGUGGCCCAUAAUUUGCGUCGGGGUGAGAAGGGCUAAUAGGUUUUUAGCAUUUGCAGUAAAGAGUUGAUAUAAUGAGGAACUUAUAUAAGUAUCUAAAGUACCAUAAAUGUAUAUCAUAUGUUUAACAUGAGGAAACACGCUGGAGAUGGGAAAAAGAAAUCGAAUUACAAGUCUAGACUGCAGCCAAAUAAUGGAUAAUUAAAUUAACUAAAUAGCGCAGAACUGCAAUGCACAAAACGUAGCAAACUAAAUACAUACUCGUACUUAAACCGCGUGGCUGUGCAGCCAAUCAUUUAAUUUGUCGAGCCAAUUAAACUUUGUAUUUGUGGCUAACCAGGAGAGCUGGAGAUGGGGAGAUCGAUUAACUAUAUGCAAAUCAAUUUAACGAAUUUUUCUACACAUUUAAUGUAAAGAUAAAGGCAAAAAGAAACAAAAACAAACAACAAUUUCCCCUAAUCAAUGUUUAAUCAUGAUAAAUAAACGCGUAAUAUAUUUAAUCUACGGCUACUUAAUGUAAUACAUAAUACGAAAGCAAAACUAGGCAAAUGCAAGGCAUCCAAAAACCGAAAACCAAAAACAAAAACAAAAACCAAAACCAAAAACCAAGAAACUUUUCCUAUUUGCAAUUGAAAAUGCAUUAGUCAGCAAUUUAAUCAAAACAAAAGGCAACCGAAUAAUACAAGUACUCAUAUUUAUAUAUUUAAAGUGUAACGAUGUGACACCUAUAUUUGUAUAAUUAGCAAAAUUUUGUGGGACCGAAAACAGCACCAACAACUAAAGGAGCAACAGCAAAUGUAUCUACAAGAUAUCAAGUAUCUUGUGCUCCGCUCCGUUUUUGGUUUACCAGUUGAACAUUUUCGAAACGAAAUUGAAUUCGGGAAGGUCUGAGGAGAUUUAUGGAAUCCGAAAAUAAUAUUCUUUAAAGCAACGGAUCGAGAUUGUUAAUGAAUGAAGCUGUAUAUAUACAUUUUAAAAUAUCGUAUAACUAUAACUAUAUUUUCUUCUCGAUAAUUUACGUUUAAAUUCAUAGCUGGGACGAUGUCAUUAUUUCAAAGUGUUGCAAUUUAUCGUUUUUAGUUUCACUUCAUUUACAAAUGUACGAAUAUGUUCUAAAUAUUAUGAUUUAAUUUUUUUAUUUGUUAUUUUAUAUGCAAACAUUAUUGAAAAGAAAUAAAACCGCACAUUCGCAUCUUUGCAAGUGUA